AUGGCUACACCUGCGGACGACGCGGCCGCGCAGCUCUGGGCGGCGGUGCGCGGCUUCUCGGACGCGGAGCUGCGGCGCGUGCAGCGCAGCAUCCGGCAGUUCCUCUGCGCGCAGGACGCGCGGCCAAACUCCGCUGCUGAUGCCGCCUCCAGCGCCCAGAACGCCGCCGUGGAGCUGCAGCUUGGCACCAAGACGCAGCGCGUGCGCGCGGACGACUUCGUGCACGUGUUCCUGGACUAUCUGCACGGGCAGGUGCAGCGGCACGCCGACGCGCGCGUCUCCAGCGACUCCGAGACCGACCGCUCGAGCAACUUGGCUACUGCACCCGAGAGCAACAUGGCUACACUGCAGGACGAGGACCAGUUCCCGCAGUUGAAGCGCACACCUAGCAGCGGCCAAGUGGCCCCAGCCAAGACGCCCAAGAGGAGGAUCACUACAACGCUAUUGACGCCCAAGGACUCGACGGUCGUGGCUCGACCAGUGCCUGUAGCCAUUUCGUUCCCUCCCCUCGGGGCGUCGGAAGGCACAAGACCCCCGGCGUGGGCCAAACAAUCGCUGCUGGAGAAGCGCAUGGGCGCCGCUGCCCCCUCCUCUAGCUCUGGCUUCACCUCCAACACACCUGCUGCGCCGUCGGCUUGGGGGCCGAAGCCUUCGGUGCCCAAACCGACGUCGGCGUGGGGUUCUUCCAGUACCCCGGGAAGCUCCGACAGCCCCAAGAAGAGCAGGGUGACGUCGACCUCGACCUCGAACCAGCAGGAGGAGCACGCGCCCGUGGUCGAGAAGAGCAGGAAUGUAGCCAUUUUGCCGGACCGUUCGUCGGACGACUUCAAGGUGAACACGCAGGCGGCCAAGCUCUACGGGUUCCUCAUCAGGGAGCGGUUCGUCAAGAGCACGAGCGCGGAGCUGCAGGUGCUCAUCAGUCUGCUGUACCGGGCCGACUGCGCAGCUUGCAGUAAAGACCCCACUGAGCAGCCGGAGGCUUGUUCUCCCUGUAGCGUCGCGUCCGAGUUCUGCUGGCGCGUGCACUGCCUCGACUUCGCGGAGAUCGUUUUCUGUGAGAUCGAGUCGGUGCUCGCCCACCUGGGCGCCGAUCUAUUGGGGCUAGUGAAGCACAGCUUGAGGGACGCUGAGGGCAUCUGCGGGUCGAUGCUGGAGCGGCUGGACGAAGUGUCUCGCAGGCGCGAGGAGUUCCGCGUGGCGGAGAGCGCGCGCGUGGGUUGUCAACUGCCGAUCGAGAUGAAGGCGAGUGCAGUGCGGGACUUCGCCAUCCCGUUCAACGAGGAGACGGACUCCCGCCUGCACUAUCGGACGCCGGAGGAGUCGCUCCUGUACACGAACCGCGAGAAGGUGCGGGACGGAUUCCUGGGAUUAUUGCGCCAGUUCCAGCAGAAGCAGCACAGUCUCGUGGGUAUCGAGAACGCGGGAGUGGCGGCGGCGGCCAUUGCAGCGGCUCGGGAGCUGCUGGCCGAAGUCUCGCCUGAGAACCGCUGGUGGUUCGCCAAGUUCUUCGUCCAGGAGCUGGUCCAAGUCGGCUCGAACCCAUUUGGCGAGAGCGACAAGGACCUGGUGCUCAAGAUCAUGGCGGAUAAGCUCGUUGUCAAGAACCCGGACCGGCUGCGGAAGCUGCACCGGCGAUUCUCGAGCCAGAAGCCGUCGAACAAGUCUCCUCAAGCGCAGGUGCAUGCUACCGGGGGAGGCUCAAACAACAGCAACAACAGGAACAACGGUAAAGUGAACGACAACAAUAACAACAACUCGCUGCGCAAGAAUCGACAGGACGCCAGAGCAUUGACCAACGAGGACGACGCGACCAAGGGCUUCACGGCGACGCUGGACCGCAUGCGAAGCUUCUUCACGGACAACCAGCUCUUCUUCUUCCACUUCCUGCACAGCUGCGACAGCUACGAGUUCUCGGAGCUGGUCAAGCACCAGCUGGAGAGACAAUUCUACUCCAUCCGUGAGACUAUUUCACCCUCGGCCGAUGCGCGCAAGGACUUCACGGAAGUCGUGCUGAGACUCAAGGUGGUGGCCAAGUUCCUCGGGUAUCUCCGGUUCUCGCCGCAGUGGCAAGUGACGUGCUCGAUCCGCCAGCUUUCCGCGCACAACGCAGCGUUCAAAGCGGUAGAGCGCGAAGGUAUCAGCACGUUGGAAGUGGCUCGCGACUCGAGUCUGGACGUCAAGAAGCUGCUGGAAGAUAGCGUUCUCGAAUCUUCCGUCUCCAAGUGCAUCCCGUGGCUCUGCGACUACCUCUCCAUGCUCUCACUGGACAAGCUCUCGUUCGGCACGACGUACUUCAAGCAGCUUGUGGUGCUGCUGCAUCUGCUGCAUCGCUCCCCGCGCUUGAACGCUCUGGGCGAGACUGGACUCUACGUGGCGUUGCAGAUCGAACGCAUCUUCCACGUGCUGAAGCUCGACGCCGGGUUCCUGCAUGGCGAGGACUAUCAGUCCCGAGAUUUGCUCCCGUCUUCGCGUGUACGCUUGGCGCUAGAGAGUGAGGACGAUGCGUCCCCAGAGGCUGGGGCUGGAGAAGACCACCUGCCCUUCUUGUAUAGCCAAGUGUUCGUCCAGAGCUGCGUGAGCGAGCUGGAGGAUCUCCGAGGCUUCAUCCAGACGCGCGCGCAGCCGACGCCGCGGAGGAAGCUGUCGAUCGGCUCUGGAUCGAUGACCACCAACGGCCAUCCAGUUACGCCCAUGCGCAAGCUCCGACCGUUGCAGGUUGUGAUAGAGGACGACCACGGCAAUAGCUCCUCCUCUUUCGCCGCAAAGCACGACAACGUCGUACGCGCCGCCAGUCCAGGGAUAAAGUCGUCUGGAACUAGAGGAUUUUCCAGCAGCUUCCCGCUAGUGCAGGAGGAGAACGACGAGCUGUCUGAGGCUGUAUUCAAGGUGCAUCUGAAGCUGAAGGCGGUGGUGGAGUUUGUCGUCGGCUCUGUGACGACGGACAUCUGUGAGCACGUGAUGGCGCACGUGGUCACGCCGCGAGCUGAUGGACUCGUCGAUCGCUGUGCGUCGGAGAGCGGACUGCUCACUGUCGGGCGCAGCCCUGCUACAGUAGGCGACGACGCCGCUCUCGCUGCUCGAGCAUCGUUCCAGAUGAUGAUCACCUCCAAGACUCGCCACGAGGCGAACUCUGCGGUUGUGGCUUCGCUGCAAGAAGCUCUGCGGCUCGGAGAGGAGCGCGUCACUGCUGCAAUUCCUCCGUUCAUGCCUCCGUCGUCGCAUCCGACGCUGACCAACUCGAUCGUGUUCGUGGCGCUGCAGCGGACUCGUGGCGCGUUGAAGACGCUCGUCCCGAAGAGCUGCCAAUCGGAGUUUGUGAAGCGCGUGGCCUUCCGGAACAAGAGCCUGCUGAAGGAUCUCGGCGCUGGAUCUAAGGUGGCUGCUGUCGCCCUCCCGUCUAGUGCAGCGAGCCCGCAGAAGAGCGCGAACCAAGCUGCAGUCCAAGAAGACGCACAGCGACGCGAAGAAGACCGGCGCUGCCGAGACUUGAGGCGAUGUUGUGCUGCAAUAUUCAAGAAUGCCAGCUCCAAGAGCGUCAAUCUUGCUGCGUGGGAACACCAGGCCACGAGCCUUUCGCAGUAUUUGGGCGAAUUCACCACCUCACUGAGGGACUGUGUGAAAUCCGGCGACGUUGCUCAAUCUACUUCAUCUCCACUGAGAAGGGAGGCGCUGGUGCUCUGGGAUAUCCUGUGGCGAGCCGCGACGUCCUGCCUCAAGUUCUGGGGUUCAUCGCUGGAUGUGUUUGCUGCAUGUGAGCUGACGUCGAUGAAGGAGGAGCGCGUGCAGACCGUCGAGAAGAUGUUCAAUGAGUUUGCGGCGAAUUUCACGACUUUGCUCAACGUGGCAGUGUGCUGCAAUGGGGAAGGGGCUGCGAAUUCUCGACUGCAGUCCAUGCUGAUGUCUGUGUUGGACUCCAUGAUGGGCCUGCCCAGUCAGCUUCCUACUGCCGCUGAACACGCCGGGCUAAUCAAGCGAUUCGCUAUCGAGGCCCGCUCUCAGGUCGUCGCAGACCUGCGGUCUGGGAUCCGAGAGGGUGACAACCAGCAGGCUGCUAGCGUCGCGUACAAUGCCGAGCUGCCGGUACGUGGUCCACGUGUUGAACAACAGCCUCGUGAGUACCUAGGUCUUAUCAGCUUGAACACGUCGUCAGCACUGUUGUCAGUCGCCAUCCGGCGCUGA